AUGAAUCUCGAUAGCGCAGCUGACUUUUGUCCCCAAUGUCAUUUUAUGUUAGAACUUCCAGAAGUCAUGGACAUAAUAGAGUGCAACCGUUGCGGAUACAAAUGUUCCAUCACAGAUUACCAACCUAAAUACAUCAUUUCAACCAUCAAAAUGGAACCUAAAUCAUGGCUAUCCAAUCAACCCCAAGAGUCUAAACUCUCCGAUCAAUCGCAUAGAGCUGUUAUUGAGCAAGUCUGUCCCAAAUGUAGCCAUGAGGAAGCCUACUUCUCAACCGCACAAUUAAGAUCAGCCGAUGAAGGAUCCACUGUAUUCUAUGAAUGCGUCAAAUGCCAGUUCCGUUACCAAUUAAAUAACUGA